AAUGUUACCUUAUUAUUGUUGAUUAUUCGUAAUAAGGCUUAAAUGCCUAUAUUUGUCUAUAUGCACAUGCGAGCUACUUACUUUAAAUUUGUCAAAUGAAUAAAUAUUCCGCAAUCAAAUGUGAAAAAUCAAGAAAUACUUCGCGAAGGCAGCCAGUAUUUGUGUGCUCUAGUUAAAUAAUAAUCUAACGUUAGCAUUUAUAUAAAUAAAUCCACAUUUACAAUGGAUACCGAUCCGUUAACAGUAGUUAACAUUGAAAAUGGUGUUCCGGAUGAGAAUGACAUUUGGCAGGCCCAUAUUCAGGAAGACGAUGCUGCUGUUUGCAUUAGAACUGAAGGCAGUUAUCCAAAUGAUAUAGCUUCAAAUAAUGGAACCACAGAUAUUGAUGAUGAUACUACCUUUGUCGUUUCGAAUCCGCAAACAGUCGAUGAUUUCAUCAUAUACGAACUAAAUGAGAUGGAUUGUCGAGUUUUGGGCAAAAAUUCGAAAUUUAGAGUGAAUCCGACCGGCAGAUUUCCACGAAAACGGCCAAAGAUAACAGAUAUUUCCCAACGUUCUUUUAGGCUAGAUAAGGGACCAAUUUUAAAGAAAAGAGAGCAAGCGGCACCUCGUACUACUAACACUCCUUCAGGUUUAAUAAGAAUAAUGCCAUCGGAAAGAAAUGAUCAUUUAACCAGUACAAAUGACUUCCACUACAACAACGAACACAUGGCUACACAGAAAUUGACGGUUCUACCAAGUAGACAAAUAUCUGAAAACCAUUGCGUUACGACAAUAAAACAAGUUACCUCCAGUGCAACAAUAAAGGGAUCUGUCACAAAGGAAAAAGGCACGUCUUUCCAACAAAAAUUCCCCAAAAUAAAGGAGUUUUGGGAAAUGUCGGAUACUGUUACAACAAAGGUACCGCCAAAUCCAGAAACUUUGGUACUAAAAAAAAACAAAAUAAGUCCAAUAAAAAUAUGCACAAAACCUGCUAAAAAACCUUUGGUGAGUUACAGUGAACUUGAAAAAAGAUGUGAUUGUAAUAUCUACCCAGUGAAGGGCGCUGAAGUUUAUACUAAAUUCGAGUUAAAGGAUUUCUUUGAAGAGAUGUUUGAGAAGACGCGCAAGUUAAGUAUUGAACGGCGUCAAAUGGUUAAAAUGGAAUUACUGAAGGCUGUUUGUCGUGCAGAAGAGGACGUAGAGGCUGGAAAUUUUUGCGAAAAGUGCUACACGAUAUUGGCGCAAUCAAAAAAUAAUUGAUACAGAAAAGCGUAAUUGAGCAUCGCUCAUACAUAUAUAUAUUUAUUUUAAACACAGUUACUUAUGUAAGUCAUAGAAAAAUAGAAUAAGAAAUACAAAUUAUGUAAAAAGAUCGGCUUAA